UCAGCAUGAGGGUGAAGAGUUAAUGACUGAAUUUUCAUUUUUCCUUUAAUGGAAUGGGUAUUUGUUAACCCACCUACAGAUACACUAUCUAGAUGGAUGUGUUACGCAAAUUAAAAGGUAUUUAGAAAGAACGUAUCUCGCUUUAUUUGACCUCAGCUGUUCUGUGAGGAGUGGCAGUAUAAACACGGUGUACCUGUGGAGACGAGGCCGACCGGCACCUUGAUGAAACAACGGCACACUUUCACUUUCACAAGUUUCCACAUCUGUAGACACAACUGCACAAACAGAAGGAGGAUGCGUGUCGUGAGAACAGGCUGCACCGCCAACACCCUUCCUCCACAAUAGAGGAUCAUAACACGGCGUGGGCUCAUUCGGACUUGUGAGCACCUUUGGGUCUGACGAUUCGUGUUGUUUCUGUCCCACAAAAAGAAAACUGGGGAUAAUGUUUGUCCGUUUCAUCCCUCUGGUUGUGUGUUUGGUGAGUUUCCUGCGCAGCUUCCAUGUGUCCGGUUGUGAUCACAGCUGUGCAGAUAAACCUGUGUUCACUCCAUCCAGACUGGUGGUGAAGUAUGGUGACCCAACCAGUGCGAAUUGCUCUGUAUGUCAGCACUGCCAGAGCAGCUUUGGUUUGGAAAUACCUGUGGGAGACAAAGAAAUAAAUGGACAUCUGAUUUCAUGGAAGGUUGACCAUUUGACAGAAUGGAGCCUUUCUCCUAUGUGCUAUUAUAAUACUGCAGCAGGUCACCAGUGUUGUAGCAGCCUGAAUAUAACUGUAUACAAUCCUCCAGACAAUGUGGUCUUAAACAUUACAGGUAACUCUUGGGUUUGGUCUGAGGGCCAGAACAUCACUCUGGAGUGUUCGGUCCAAAAUGUUGCUCCUGUUGAAAACCUCACUGUGACCUUCUACAGAGGACAGAGGCAACUAGGUCAGAAACAGUCUAACAAGAAAUGGGAUAAACCAGUUUCUGAGACGUUUCACCUGGACUUCACUUCCACUAAAGAAGAUAAUGGAGGAGAGUUCUGGUGUGAAGCUGAGCUACUUCUGGGACCUGACGGACCGCAGCCCCCUCCAGUGGUGAAGUCACGAAACUUCUCUGCAACUGUCUUCUAUAAGCCUCGGCUGAACGGGUCAUCAAGUCCAGAUCCAAUCACCAUCAGACAAGGAGACCCUCUCCACCUGGACUGCUCAGCUGUGGGAAACCCCGAACCCACAUACGUGUGGGUGAACCACCAGUCAUCUAAUAGUAGUUCCUCUGAGGGAAGUGUCUUCAUGAUCACAUCUGUAACUCCUGCUGAUGAAGGGCUGUACGAGUGUAUAGUCCGUAACGAUGUGGGGGAUACCGCUGUGGUGUUUAAUGUCACUGUCAUAGGUCUGGAGUUUUACACAACCACAGUGGAGAACCCGACCACAGUGACGAACCCGACCACAGCGGAGAACCCGACCACAGUGACGAAGCCAACCACAGUGACGAACCCGACCACAGCGGAGAACCCGACCAUGACACCAACAACAACAGAGCGGAGCAGAAGUUCCAGCAGCGUACUGAUUCACAGGUUCAUCUGGUGUUUUACGCUUUUGGUUUCUGUUCUGGUUUGAGUGAAUUCACAGAGAACGCAAAAGGAGGUUUGUUGCUCAAACAACAGCUUGUAUUGUUUAUGAGUGUAAUCGAGAAUCAAAAAGGCAUUUUAUUGUAUACAAUCAGCUCCCUGAAUACAUCAUGAAGGCAGCCUGUUGUGUGAUCAUGCGAUGACCUGAGAUCUAAACACUAAAGAACAUCAACUUGUACGUGAGUAGUUUAUACAUUACUUUUGUUUUUCUGCAUACACAUAUGCUACAAAAUGCUGAAAUAACUGUUAAGUUAGAGUGGCUAUACUUUAUAGUUAGUUAAAAUAAAAGUGGAUCUGUAGUGCUUUGAGCUAAAGGCUAACACCAGCAUGCUAAUAUGUUCACAAUGACAAUGCUGAUGGUACCCCAUUAGCACAAACACUGUAAAUUGUGAAUUGUUCAAAGUGCAGAUAUGAAGCAGAGCUGAGAUGUUAAUGUGGCAGUGCUCUCUGUACUUAUGUUGAAAUAACAAGGUGUAACAUUUCUCCUAAAACACUCUAAAAACAUCUUGACCUCCGUUGUUUAUUUGUGGCGUUCCAUAAUUACAUUAUUCUAAAUGUUCAAACCCAGAGGAACCAGUAAUGUAACAGAAGGUGCGUUUCAUUCUGUCACCUGUCACAUUAACUACCGGGGGGAAAUUCACAACAUGAGGAUGGAAGUCUGUGAAUAGCACACCGCAUCUGUGAACGUUUCUGGUUGAGUCAUAUAGUCAUGUAUCAUAGUUGUACCUAUAAACAUGUUUCAAACUUUUGUCCCGAAUGCUUUACUUGAAAUGUGUAAACUCAUUUAUUUCCAUUGGCACUUAGGAUGUAUUGAAGUGUGAUACCCAGUCUGUUAUUCAGAUUGUUUAUUACACAAUUGUAUCACAAAGGCAUUGAAAUAUCAUUUAUAGCUGUCAAAACACACUGAACACACUGCAGUGAAUGACACUGUAAGUUACAAUACAUGAGACUAUAUUUUGAUAUAAGUUAAAAAAAAAAAAAAAACAAAUAAGGGAGAAAAAACAUUUUAAUUAACAUUCUAUUAGAUCAGAGCCACAUUUGUUUUCCCUGCCAUUUAAAAUAAUAACACUUUUUUAUGUUGAAUAUCAUGUUUUCGUUCCCUGGGUUCAUGUGCAACAAACGUUAAUGGGAAUGAAAGUCAGAUGAAUCUCUUCUCAAGAUUACAAUCAAAGCAUUAAUAGACUACAUAACUCUCCAAGCCCAUUUCCUGUCAUUGAAAAGCUCCACAACUCCUGACUCUCCCUGAAAAUAAACAGGAAUUGGCUUUUGUGCCACACUUUUAAGGCGUUACCUCACAAAUUGUAUUACAGUCUCCAGUGCUUCCACUCUUCAGAAGUUUUUCUCAUCAGGCAAAAAUUGUGUCAUUUUUGGCACAGUGUUAUUAUCCACCGCUGGGAGGCACCAUAGUAGAAAUAUCCUUCAGAAAAUGACCUGAUCAUGACAUUAUAUGUUUGACCACAACCACACCUAAAGUUAUCAACAGGGAUGUUUUCUCAGAUGUUUUUUGUAAGGAAAGGAAGGAAGGAUGUGUUAUAUUGUGAUAAUGAAAGCUCAAACUCACAUAAAAGCAUUGAGAACUCUGUGACUUGUGUUUGAACGUCAGGGCAUUGAUGUAUCACGCGUACAUGAUGAAUCCAGUGGAAAUCGCAGUAUGGGCAGGUUGGGACUCGUACGAAACCUCACCCCUCUAGCCAGUCCGGUUCUAAAGGAUAGCGUUAGUCUGCCAGCCACGCAUGAAAAUUUAAACUUGCUGUGAUUAAUUGUUGCACACACAAGCAGCACAUGAAGUCAAGUGUUGAGAGAGGACACAACCUAAAAACAGAAGCACGUGGAGAUAGAUGAUUAGAUGUCCUGAAAACCAGUAAUGAGUCAUCCAUUGUGUAUCUCUUCAUGAAAAGGCGCUGUCAGAAUAGAAAUUUUGAAACUGAUUUACAUUUUUCGAGCUGGGGGAACUGAACAGUUUUAGAUUCAGUGUCUUUAUAAGAACAUAUGAGGAUGUGAGAGGAAGGGAGGUCCUAACAGAGAAAAGUUAGACAGGCUGACAGGUAAAUGGAGUCGAGAGUGAGUGUUGCUGGAACUCUUACACAGGAUCCGAAUGAGGGGAUUUAAAUGGAAUCUGUGGAUGUUUUUUCAAUGUCUGAAAUUUGGAACGUGUUCAACAAUUUCCCAUACAAGGCCCGUGUAAUAAAAUAUAAGCCAUUAACAGCAGCACCUGAAGGAGCAGGCUGAAACCUGAGCUGUGAGACACUAAAGAAAACAUCCACAUAUUCCCUUUGAGUCCCCUCGUUCUGAGUUUAAGCAACACUUACAACUGACAUACAUCACCUCGGGCAAUAUGAUGCGACAGGGCUCACACUGAUGUCAUCUCUGACGUUCAUGACUACGAACUAGGUUUAUUCGGAGAUCUUGCAAUUUUCCCGUUUAAGGAAAAAAUGGGAAGUUUUGUAACCUUUCUUAUGAAUCCCAUCCCCCACCACUUAAAGGACGUCAUUUAUUUUAAGACCAACUUCCUCUCACUAUUAACUUUAGCUUUACUUCUGCGUUUCACUUCUCUUAUUUUGCAGCUCUGAUGGAAAACGUGUUCAUUUAAUGUCAUUCAUGUCAUUUUCCAAGAUUUACAUGGACAGUUAAUUUGCCUAGAGGCCUACACUGACAUUGAGGUUGUUGAUUUCAGUUUUUAUAAAAAGAUGAAACAGAUAGGCAUCUGGUUUCUGCCCCUGUGUAGAGUACGUGAAGAUAUAACUUGGCUCUCCCAGCUCAUAUUUGGCUUAUCAAGCUGGUUCACGUGAAUCUGGGGGAGACAGUGGAGGUGAGUGUAAACAGACAUGUCCUGUUUCAAGCUGCCUCUGUUUAUGUUAUCUGUUAUGUAACUGUUGAAGCUCACCUUGUCCUGCUCAAACUGUAUCAGAACCGUUUUACUGGAUCUGACUGCCCAACCUGUUACAAAGGGCAAGUUUUUCAAGAUCAUACAGAGGCAAGCUUGAUGUAAAAUGUCUGAGUUGUUUUCUGUUGUUGGCUAUUAAAUUAAAUAUUAAAAUGGU